AUGCGCCUUCUUUGUUCAUACUGCUGCUUACCACGUGGUCCCGAAAUGUCACCGCUACCCUUAUCACCAUUCGAACUACCGUGUUCAGCAAAACUAAAACUAAGUGGUCGAAUGAACAUAACUUUCUUCUGUUGUCUUUUCUCCUUUACCUUCUCUGUGUCAUAUCAAUAA